GCCGCUCCGCCCCUCGAUCGCCGCGCCGGAGGUGAGCAGGAAGGAGUCCGCGGCCCUGCAGCUCUUGGGCCAGCGCGGGGAACCGGAGAGGCGGGUGACGGUCGCCGAGGAACGCCGAGGCCUCGGGCAGGGCCCGGCCCGCGAUUGCAGGUCUGUGGUGGGGGCUGCAAACUUAGCAAGAUGAGGCGGUUCCUGAGAACGGGACACGACCCUGCCCGGGAAAGGCUAAAGCGGGAACUGUUCCAGUUUAACAAGACUGUGGAGCAUGGCUUCCCACACCAGCCUAGUGCCCUCGGCUAUAGCCCUUCGCUGCGCAUCCUGGCCAUCGGCACCCGCUCGGGAGCCGUCAAGCUCUAUGGUGCCCCCGGGGUAGAAUUCAUGGGGCUUCACAGGGAGAACAACGCUGUGAUGCAGAUCCACUUCCUGCCUGGUCAGUGUCAGCUGGUCACUCUGCUUGAUGACAACAGCCUGCACCUGUGGAGCCUGAAGGUCAAGGGUGGCAUAUCAGAACUGCAGGAAGAAGAGAGUUUCACGCUGCGCGGCCCCCCAGGGGCUGCCCCCAGUGCCACACAGAUCACUGAGAUCCUACCUCACUCCUCCCGAGAGCUACUCUACCUGGGCACCGAGAGUGGCAGCGUGUUUGUGGUGCAGCUGCCAGGCUUCCGCACACUGGACGACAGGACCAUCAGCUCAGACGCCGUGCUGCAAUGGUUGCCUGAGGAAGCCCGCCACCGGCGAGUGUUUGAGAUGGUGGAAGCACUUCAGGAGCGUCCUCGAGACCCCAACCAAAUCCUCAUUGGCUACAGCCGGGGCCUGGUUGUCAUCUGGGACCUUCAGGCCAGCCGUGUGCUCCACCACUUCCUCAGCUGCCAGCAACUGGAGAAUGCCAGCUGGCAGCGGGAUGGCUGCCUGAUUGUCACCUGUCACUCCGACGGCAGCCACUGCCAGUGGUCCGUGUCCAGUGACACCCAGAACCCGGAUCCCCUCCGCAGCUCUAUACCUUACGGUCCCUUUCCUUGCAAAGCUAUAACCAAAAUCUUCUGGCUUACCACCAGACGAGGGUUGCCCUUCACCGUCUUCCAGGGCGGUAUGCCACGUGCCAGUUAUGGGGACCGUCACUGCAUCUCAGUGGUCCACAACGGUCAGCAGACAGCCUUUGACUUCACCUCCCGUAUCAUUGACUUCACUGUCCUCACAGAGGCUGACCCUGCAGCUGCCUUUGAUGACCCGUAUGCCCUGGUGGUGCUGGCAGAGGAGGAACUGGUGGUGAUUGACCUGCAGACAGCGGGCUGGCCAGCAGUCCAACUGCCCUACCUGGCCUCCCUGCACUGUUCCGCUAUCACCUGCUCCCACCAUGUCUCCAACAUCCCCCUGAAGCUGUGGGAGCGCGUCAUCGCUGCGGGCAGCCGCCAGAACUGGCACUUCUCCACCAUGGAGUGGCCUAUAGAUGGUGGCACCAGCCUGGCCCCGCCUCCACCCCAGAGGGACCUGCUGCUCACAGGGCAUGAGGAUGGCACGGUGCGGUUCUGGGAUGCCUCAGGUGUCUGCUUACGGCUGCUCUACAAACUCAGCACGGUGAAAGUGUUCCUUACAGACACGGAGCCCAACGAGAACCUCAGCGCCCAGGGUGAGGAGGAGUGGCCCCCACUCCGCAAGGUGGGCUCCUUUGAUCCCUACAGUGAUGAUCCUCGGCUGGGCAUCCAGAAGAUCUUCCUCUGUAAAUACAGUGGCUACCUGGCUGUGGCAGGCACGGCAGGGCAGGUGCUGGUGCUGGAGCUGAACGAUGAAGCCGCAGAGCAUGCUGUGGAGCAGGUGGAGGCCGACCUGCUGCAGGACCAGGAGGGCUACCGCUGGAAGGGGCACGAGCGCCUGGCCGCCCGCCCAGGGCCCGUGUACUUUGAGGCAGGCUUUCAGCCCUUUGUACUGGUGCAGUGCCAGCCGCCGGCUGUGGUCACCUCCUUGGCUCUGCACUCUGAGUGGCGGCUUGUAGCCUUUGGCACCAGUCAUGGUUUUGGCCUCUUUGAUCACCAGCAGCGGCGCCAGGUCUUUGUCAAGUGCACACUGCACCCCAGUGACCAGCUGGCCUUGGAGGGCCCACUGUCUCGAGUGAAGUCCCUCAAGAAGUCUCUGCGUCAGUCGUUCCGUCGAAUGCGCCGCACCAGAGUGUCCAGCCAUAAAAGGCGGCCAGGCGGCCCCACAGGGGAGGCACAGGCUGUGAGCACCAAGGCUGAACGGACAGGCCUGCAGAACAUGGAGUUGGCACCUGUGCAGCGCAAGAUUGAAGCCCGGUCGGCAGAGGACUCCUUCACUGGCUUUGUUCGGACCCUUUAUUUUGCUGACACCUACCUGAGGGACAGCUCCCGCCACUGUCCCUCACUGUGGGCUGGCACCAACGGAGGCACUGUCUAUGCCUUUUCUCUGCGUGUGCCUCCUGCAGAAAGACGAAUGGAUGAGCCGGUUCGGGCAGAACAGGGUGAGUGGUGAAUAGGGAAAACGCAGAGGGCCUGACCUACUUGGGUUGGGGUGUGUGGUGUCACCAAGCCAACCAUCAUACAUAACCCUGUCCCCAACCUGCCUCCUUUGUAGCCAAGGAGAUCCAGCUGAUGCACCGUGCGCCUGUGGUGGGCAUCCUGGUGCUUGAUGGACACAGUGUACCCCUUCCCGAGCCCCUGGAAGUAGCCCACGACCUGUCGAAGAGCCCAGACAUGCAAGGCAGCCACCAAUUGCUUGUCGUGUCAGAGGAGCAAUUCAAGGUGCCAUG